AAUAGAAGUUUCAGUGCCGGUUCAAGGGGAUAUUUCUCAUUGAAAGUGACUGAAUUUUUGGAUGUACUGCGGACUUUGUGUGGAUAUUGAUAAGGCAGGAAUAUGAGCAUUAAGAUUCCGGCAGUACUUUGCUGCUUAACUGCAGCAGCUUUUGCUGCCAUAGCACCCGGGGAAAACGCAUAUCUACCUCCAAAAAAAGGCUACGAAUAUCCUGUUCCUCCCAUACCAUUUCCAAGUCGACCUCCCAUCGCUACACUACCACCAACGGCUCCUCCAUAUCGACCACCAGUUACCCAACCUCCUUACAGACCGCCAGUUACUCAACCUCCUUAUAGACCACCAGUAACCCAACCACCAUAUCGACCUCCAGUAACGCAACCACCAUACAGACCUCCGGUCACUCAACCACCAUACAGACCUCCGGUUACACAACCUCCUUAUAGACCACCGGUCACUCAACCACCCUACAGGCCACCCGUAACACAACCUCCUUACAGACCACCAGUUACUCAACCACCCUACAGACCUCCAGUUACCCAACCUCCUUAUAGACCGCCAGUUACUCAACCACCUUACAGGCCCCCUGUAACCCAACCUCCAAGACCAACAUAUGGACCUCCCUACAGACCACCAGUUGGACCUCCUACACCAAGGCCAACAUACGGACCUCCCCCAAUACCUGGAACUCGUCAACCACCAAUUCUAGGUACACCACCAACAAGAGGACCAAUAGUUCCAUUCAAACCUGGCGGACCCAUACCAGGAAAUGGACCGGAGGACCAUCUUAAACUUCCACACAAACCCGCAGAACCAUUCCAAUUUAACUACGAAGUAAAAGAACCAUCCUACGGGAACGACUACUCACAUAACGCUAUUAACAACGGUGACCAGACCAACGGCGAAUACAGAGUCCAGCUUCCAGACGGCAGAACCCAGGUUGUCAAAUAUACAGCUGACUGGGCCACAGGAUUUCAUGCAAAAAUAAGCUACGAAGGAACGCCUAACUACCCCUCAUUCCCUAACAAUAGACCAUCAGUUCCUGUAGGUCCAACUCCGGGAUACCCCAGACCAGCGCCAGGUCCAGGACCAGGAAUUCCUACCUACCCAAGUCCCUCUCCAGGCUACCCAAGGCCUUCUCCAAGCUACCCCAGUCCAUCUCCAAGCUACCCAAGGCCCACACCAAGCUAUCCAAGUCCGUCCCCAAGCUACCCAAGGCCCACGCCAAGCUACCCAAGUCCGUCCCCAAGCUACCCAAGGCCCACGCCAAGCUACCCAAGUCCGUCUCCAAGCUACCCAAGGCCCACGCCAAGCUACCCAAGUCCGUCUCCAAGCUACCCAAGUCCCUCUCCAGGUCCAGGAUAUCCCAGUGGCAGACCAACCGGACCGCCUUUUCCUACACCCGGUCGACCCGGGCCUGGAUACCUACCACCAGAUAAUAGACAGAAAUAUAGUCCUGGAGGCGGAUAUGCUUAUUGAAAAUAGAGGCUAGAAUAAUUUUAUUAAAUUAGAUAAUUAUUAAGAAUUGCAAAAACUUUAUUUAUUAAUAAAUUUUAAAUAUAUAUUUAAUUAAUAUAUACUAAUUUUUUUUAACUUUAAUUCGGAUGUAGAUAUCUGUUCAAUAGUUUAUAUCAAAACUGUCUUUGGUUUAUUAUUAUUAUGUUGCCAUUUUGAACGUCAGACACCAGCUAAAAUUUUCCUGCUUUUGCUGAUGCAACGGUUUUUAUUUGUGUAUCUCUUAGUUAUUAAUUUGAUUUUAUUUAAAUAUCCUUUGGUACUUAAUCACGUAGUGUCUGGCAUGAAAAAAGUACUUAAGAAUUCAUUUAAUUUAUUGUAGUAUUUUUACAAUAUAGAGUUUUUGUAAUUUUAAAAUUGAGUAAACAACCGAAAGUGUUUGAAGUAUUGAAGAAUGUAUAAUUAUUAUAUUAACACAUUGAUUGCUAUAUUGACAACUUAUGUACUACCCAUAUUAGAAUCAAACAUAAAUGAGACUAAAACAAACUAUAAUUCUAACAGAUCUAAAAUUCUUGCUAAAAUUUUAAAGAUUAAUAAGUUACAUAAAGAUUUAUAAAUUCGUAAAAGUUCCAUCUAAAUAGUAUAUUUGGAGCAAUAUUUCGACAUUUUUCUUCUUUUAAAAAAAUUAAUGGUCUUAAAACGACGUUGCAACUCUAUUAUUACAUUAUUUAUAGAUUAUAAUUUAAGUUUACAAAGUAUUUAUUUUAGACGUCUCAAAACAAUUUUUAAUUCAUAUUUCGUAGGAACCAUUGGGUCUCUUAGACCUUGCCUUAAUGUUACCUGAAAUAUCUUAUGUUUGAGUCCAAAUGAUUUAGAUUUCUAUGAAACCUUAUUACGCAUUUCAAAGCUCUCAAAGUCUGUGAACUGAUAAGAUUUUUCAUUAUCAGAUAGUUCAGAUAUCUUUACAAGAUAUUUAUAUUUUUGGCAAAUAAUUACCUUGCAAUUAUGGAAAAUAUGAUCGACGUUUUCUCUUCAUUUUAACAAAAUUUCACUUAAGUUAAAUUUUCUAAAGCUUUAAUAGCAUUUUUGCGUAGAUCGAAGAUUGCAAUAUCGUUUUUGCUUUGGUCUGAAAUAUUUUCCAUUUAGACUGUGUCGUUUUUAUAUUUUCUGAUCUAUUAAAGGACUAUUAUUUUUGUGAUACGUUAGAAUGGUUCUGAUUUAUUAAAAGUUCCAGAUCAUUCUUAAGCAAGUCUAUAAGCAAUUUCGUAACCAGUAAUUAAUAUUACUUUUUGGUGCUUCUUUAGUUGUUUAACAAACUGCUGUAGUUCCCAAGUAUAAUGCCCUCACAAAUUGUAGACUUUAGAAACUUUAGUUACCAUAGCUAUGACAGGCUAACUGAGACACUAGCGCAAAAAAAUCAGCACAAAGAAUUCUUCUUCAUAUGCCUAAUCUCCUUUCAGGAUAUUGGUGAUCAUCACGGCACAUUUUAUUCUGCCUGCAGUAGUUCUGAAGUGUUCUAUUGUUGUUUUUCCACUACUACUACUUUCCAGUACUUUUUCUUUGCACUUUCUCUAGUAUAACUAAUUGCAUUAACUUUGUUAAGUGUUUAGUUUUUCUUUUUUUAUGUUUCUUAAUUUUUUCGUGUUUGUUACCUACUGUGUCUAUAAUAUUUUCCACAUUCUUCGAUAACACCACAUAUCAAAGAUGGCAAGUAUUUUUUUAGGUGUAAACGUAAUUGUCCCGGCUUCAACAACAUUUAAAAGAGGUAGAGAGUCAGUUUUUGAUUGCAUAAUACUGCUUUCAUCUUAAUAAAAGCACUACUGGCCAUCUCAAUGCAUCAUUUCAAUUCAAGGCUGCUAUCACAUUGUUCAUUUAGCUCACAACCCAACUUGUAUCUGAGGUAUUCAGACAUUACAUAAGUAUCAUAGUACUAGGUAGUGUCAUUCUGUAUAUCUGAGAUUAUUCGCUAGUAUUCCGUUAAUUGAUAUGCCUUCAUUGAUGUCUUCUAGUGCCUAUUUAAACAUUUCUACUAAGCACAUAUUAAAAAGUAGAGGGAAUGGUACACAUCCUUGUCGUAUACCUCUCCUUAUAAGUAUCUCUUUAAAUUUUUGUUAACCUAGUCGUGAUAUAGCUUUCUUCUAUCAGUAGGUAUUGAUUUUUAUAUUCUGAUCAUCUAGUUCUGUUUUCUGUAAUAUCUUUGCAAUCGUUCUGUAUUGUAUUUGUGAAAAACUUUCUCAAAGUCAACUAGACAUAUGAAUACGUCACUGUUGACAUCUACAUAUUUUUCUAUGUUUGUUUGUAUGGUAAAUCAUGCCUUUUUAGUAUCAAAGCCUUUUCCAGUCGGAUAUUUUAUUGAAUAAUUUUAUUGGUAUGUCAAUGUGUCAAUAGUACAAUUAAGGAAGAGAAAAAAAAAAAAAAUAAGGAAUUCUUAAACGGAAUAUAACGAAUAAGUAAACUCUCCAAAUACACAUGAGUGACAAUAUUAUUAUACUCAACGGUAACAGAGACAAUGACUAAAAUAGAUGAAGAAGUCUUACGAGUAGGAAGAAGAAACGUGGAAAUGAAGAUCAUGAGAAUCAUACUGGAACAAAUCAAACCAGAUCAAAAUGAAUAUAGAGGAAGAAUAAAUGCAAAAAUUAAAAAAGUACUGAAAAAGACAUUGUGACCAAAAUAAAAAAAUGUAGAACUAGACGGCUACAUAACAUCUGGUGAGUAGCAUUUGCGAUAAUAAAAUGGAAUUCAGGAUGAAAAAAGGAAAGGGUAAGACGAAAAUUAACUUGGCUACAAGAAGUUUAAGAAGCCUUAGAGAAAAACUCAGGAAUAAGAGAAUGAUAAAGAAAAACUAGAGACAGGAAAAAAUGGAGAGAGAUCGCCAAAAAAAAUAUCAAAAAGUCCUGAUCCUUCCAAGAAAUUGGAUCAAGAAAGCGUUUGCAAUUUAGAUUUUAGGUUUUAGUUUUUAUUUUUGAAAAGAAGAGUUUAUUAAUAAUUGUAUUUUAGCUAAAUCGUGUUUGGCAUAUCAAGUAUUUCACUGGAAUUAUAUUAUAAUUGUAAAACACUUUCUUGGCUUCCAAAUUGAUAUUUAUUAUCAAAAUAGUGUUUCAAAAACAGUAAAAACUCCAAGUAACUAAAUAUUCUCUAGGGGAACAAUAAAAUAAGUAACACCGAGGCGCAAGUUCCCGUCUUUUAUUAUACUGUCAUCUACUAUCAUCAAUAGAUGUACAAUUUAAAUUUUCCAUUAUUUUGUUAAAUUUUUUGCUUUUCUGGUCUUCGCGAGGAUCCUUUAUGCUACUCUAUGCUACUAUGACGGUGAUGCUUCUCAGCGCAGUGAAUGCUAUGGCUUGUAUUGCCAUCAGUUCCAAGUAUCUAUACUUUGUUAUUAAUCUCUAUCGUGCUCUUUUAAAAGGACUUUUACUAUAAAAUCUAGGAAAUGGGACGCCAGUGCAUUGCAAAAUUAUUUCAGGUAACACAAAAUGUGCAGUAUUUUAGUAGUAUGCGUUUAAAAAUGGUAUUUAAAUAGUUGAUAAGAUAGAGGAAGUAAAUGGCUCAACAAAAGCUUUAUUAAAAUUAUUUAUUAUGGCGAUCAGUGUGUUUAAACAAUAAGAAAAUAUAUAUACCACCUAAAUUUUGACAUAUUCACAAUAAAUUAUGGUUACCAACAACUUGUCAUAUUUUAAGUAACAAAAAAUUUAAUACUUUGAUUUAAUUAGUGCACAUACAAUGGAUGAGUGCGAUGAUAAGCAAUGGUUCAAUAUUUUUAAGGGUAAAGGCAUAGUAAAAUCUGGUCAUAAAUCUUGAAUCAAAUACGAGAUUUGUUACAUUUCGGUAUGACUGCUUUUAUAGUGUUAAUCAAGAGAAUGUUUUAUGACUUAAUUUUUUUUACAACCCUAAACUAUAAAUCCUCUUCUAUUUUAGCUAUCAAGGGUCAAUUAAUACUAUAAACACAAUUUUUUAUAAUUAAAAUUUCAUGUUUCAUUAAGAUUCUAGAUUGGAAAUCAAAAUGUCAAAAUUAAAAGAAAAAUGUAAUUGGGUUGGAGGGAAAAGGAGGUUUGAACAAUUAUUGGUGUACUUAUGUACAGUAAUGACCUCGAUUUAAAAACUUUUAUAAUUGUUGUCAUAAAAUCAGUAAAUUCUCACCUGCACUAUAUCAGCUGUGAUCGAUAUUUUCAGUCGAAGUUUUGGUCCAAACUUUACUAUAUCUUUCCCUUAUAUUUAGAACACUUCGCUAAUGUUACCCUUAAUUAAUUUGAGAUUUAGAAUUAAGGCUUUUUGUUUAUUUAUAAACUUUCGAGAAAUAGUAUGGUAAACUAGAUUUUUGUAUAUAAAUAGUAUAGAAGUUUUAAGGCAAAAGAAAUCUUAAGCCAUACUUUAAAGAUGUGUCACGUUUUUUGUGUAAGCAUAUACAAGGUAAGGUGAGUGACAGUCCUCACGACAAACUAGUUUACACUCCGUAGAAUUGAACAGACUUGGCGAAUGGCAAUCCUGAGUUGAGGGUUGAAUAUCAAGGUUGAUGCGUCGAAAUGUGGUCGGUACAUUCCCGUACCGACUCGUGGAGGAUAAAGCUUUCAUUGCAGGGCAGGGGUAUAUACAAGUUGCGCGCCAACCUUCGAGCUCCUUUGAACCGAGUCAAUUUACCGACAAAUGAUGGGUUUCACCGCAUUGACCGAAGAUCACCAAGUCUGCGCUAUUCGACGGCAUGUGAACUAAAAAGUUGGGCGCGAGCACUGCCACGAUAAGCGUAUAUAGACAGGUAUAAGCGUUUUAUACCCAAUAAAAUUGUUUUUUAGGUUGCCUUGCUUGUGUUUAUAUUUAAACUGUACUUUUUAAUAAAAGUUUAAUAAUACCGUCAAAAUUAGAUUAUAAUGUCUAUGAACAGAGUAAAAGAACACCAGACUAUUAUUUUUCAAUCGCCAAUAUUAUUUUAAAGCUCCCCUAGCAAUAUUCUUUUUCGUUUACUGCUGCAGUACUUAUUUUUAAAUAUUUCUAUCCACGUUAGUCCUGCCUUAGUCUCUUAAUUUUAUUACUUAAUUUUAAUUCUUUAUGUUCUACCUUAUUUAAAAGCUAAGUUUAAAAGGACUUUAAUUACAUAACUCUUCUUGUUCUUCUUUUUCUAACCUCUGGCAAAACACUACUUGUUCUUGGCACUUGUCGUAUACAAAACCCUGGUUUUUAAUAAAUGUUACCAAGCUGCUUUAUGCUUCAGAUAAAAGCCAUAAAACUUUUUAUGGAAAGUUUAAAGAUUCCUCCUGGCUACAUAGACAAGACCUACAAAAUAUAAAUCUUCCGAUUUGUAUAUCUGAUCUGCAUAAAACUUUUAUUUAUCUUAUUAUCCCUGUAACCUUUGUAUCGUCAGUGCAGAUUUCUAUUCAAACUUGUGUGGGAAGUAUUUCAUAGAUAGACAAGUGUCACAUCUAGACACCGACCUGUAAUCUUUGAAAGACCUUUAUCUUUUCAAUGCAAUGGCGCUACGCAAAUCGAGCGAGUUUUCCUUCAGCAUUUGCCUUUAAGCAUAACUUAAGUUAUUUACCCUCAAUACCUUUCUAGCAUCAGCGCUGACUUUAUUUAACUACCUUUUCCUUGGUCUUUCCACUGGUUGACCUGUCAUAUUUUAACUAAGCGUUCUGUCAGGUGUCUUAUCCCCUGGUCUCUGGAAAGUAAAUAUUCCUUAUUUUUUCAAUAAAGUUCUUAGUGAUAAUAGCACAUUGAUUGACCCAAAGUACCCUCCAUACUUUGUUUAUUUUAAGGAACUUAUGGAGCUGCAUCGAUAUGAUCUAUUAGGAAAUGUGUAUUAAACUUAUUUUAAUGUGGAUUUUAACGUCCCUAUUGUAAAUACUUCUGAUACACAUAUCCCCUGAACACCCUGUGUCACAGCUCAAUCCUUGAGAAAUAGUUGCAAGUUGGUAUAAGGACCGUUCCUUAAAAUUCUGAUUGAACAUAUUUCUGAGUGUCUGUUUUUAAAUUUUGUUUAAACGUUUUCUAGAUACCUGAAGAUUCGGUGCUUUAUAGCGAAGUACCUGUAAAAGUACUGAAAUCAUUCUCUAAUGUUGGUUUUUUUCUUAGUGUUGUAGGAACUUGCUAAAUGUGUUUUAGACUGCUAGGCAUCUAUUUUGGAAGUAGCUUUGAUACAUGUUUUGGGUUCUGCUUAGAGUCACCCGUUAUUUAAUUUUUAUUGAUUUGGUCCCUCUGCGUAUGAGUAUGAGAGGAAUGAGAAACUGCACAUAGGUAUCUUAAUGUAGCUAUAAAUCUAAGAUAAAUGGACGCGCAGCCUGGUACCUUCAGUAGACCAUUUGUGACAAUUAUUUUCGACAUGAAACUGCCAUGCAAGUUUAAGUAAAAUAUGUUUUUUUGUGUUUAUGUUCUCUUGGUAGAAAGUCUAUUACCAAGUUAAGCCACAAUUGGGUUUUACUAUUCGACGUAAGAAGUCAAAUGAUAUAGAAAUAUUUGUAUUAAUGCUUUUAUUUGCUAUCAAUGUCGAUAAUGCGGAUCAAUUAUCUACUAUAUUAAAUGCAAAUAUACAAGGAUAUGUAUUUCUUAGCAUUUGUGAAUAAUUUUUGAUGGUUUUAUUAGACUAAAAUAAUAUUUAUUUAUCUUAAAAUAGAAUUAGAAUUAAAAUAAAAUAAUUGUAUUUAGAAAAUAGAAACACAGCGAAUUUGGUAAAAAUAUUGUAAAAACAAUAUUUUAUUUAUUUCAACUGAAAAUUUUUCAUUCUAUAUUUCUUGCUAUAAAUUCUUUUGAUUAAUAAUCUAGGAUGUCGAUCCUCCCAUACUAUUUUAUUUAUUACUUGAGGCUAACUUUACAGAACCCAAAAUUUUGAACUUAAAUUUAACUAUUAACUUCCCAUUUUAAUUAUGAAAUUUCCUUUAUAUAUAUAUAUAUAUAUAUAUAUAUAUAUAUAUAUAUAUAUAUAUAUAUAUGUAUAUAUAUAUAUGUAUAUAUAAUAGAUUUUUGGUUGCUGUCGAAAAGCUUGUUUAUCCUAAUGAUAUUUACACAAACACUGCCAAAAAGUGUUCUGUUACAAUUUACCAUCAAAUGGAAAAUAGUAAUUAUUAAUAAGUAAUUUAAUUAAAAUUAUGUAGUUCAGUAUUCUGUAUCAUUUGUAUUUUAUCUUUUCUCUAUUAUUAUAUAAUAUGCACUAAAUUGUAUUAUAUUUAGAUAAAAUAUAGAAAUUAUUUUUGUACACUUGCCUUUUUGACUCCCUUUUAUAAAUAUAUUUUGGUUAACCCUGUACCUAGAGUGAGUGAUACUCCCAUACCCAAGACCUAUAAUUUACUUAUAAAUGUUUAAUUUUGUUAAACAUAUCAAUUUAUGUUAGAAAUUCUACCAAAUGUUCAAUUUUAUAAUUUUCUCCUAUGAUUUCACUUGUUGUGUGUUUCUCCUAUAUUUAUCUUUAAGAUGAGUAUCUCUGCAGCUUACAGCAUUCUUUGGAUCAACAUACAAAGAUAGUGAAGUCAAAAUAUCAUAAUCGGCUAACUGACGAACAUUUCUCUUCAUGCUUUUGUUUAGCCCUCGGUAAUUACGUACCACUAUAUGAAAUACUUGUGGAUGAUAUGCAGUUCCAUGCAUCAACAUCCAAGUAAAAUUAAUGUGAAAAACAUGACUUUAAUUACAAUUCUCUGUAGUUACAACUUUUUAUCAACUAGAAACGUGCAAUAAAGUUUUUU